GCCUGAUGGUAAUGACCAAUAUGGUGUAUAUGCUCUGUCAUGGAGCGGCUGCUGUGAUCUUACUCAAACAUAUUCUAGAGAAGUUCCCCUCAUGCGCAUCUUUUGGUUUGUAACUAAAAUCUAAGAUGGGAGGCGCUUCUGGUGUCAAGUGGUCUUAUUCUCUACUUUGGUGAUAUGUUGGGACAUACACUUUCAAAGAUGGAGUUCUCCAUGUCAUCAAAAGUAUUCAUUCACACGCCUGGAACUAGAAGCGAUAUGACCGCAAUUAUUCAGGGGAUUUUACUUGGCCUUUUUCUACUUCCAUUACUAUACAAGAGUUCUCUUCAAGUUUGGGAUUACUGUACAAUGGAGGGAAAACAACAAACGCAAGAAGCUGAGGAUCAUACAGGAAAAAGAAUUGGUUCUGCUGUAUUCUAUAUCUCGUUGGUGGUGGUAUUGAUGUUUUUACUACCAUCAUGGACACACCUUGUCCAAGGCCUCAAAGUACACCCUUUUGUUUGGAUUAUUAACUAUAUGUUCACUGAUGCACAUGAACGACUUGCUUUAUGUGCAUACUGGAUAUGUGUAAUAUAUGUAUCAGUUAGAAGGUUCUACAGUAUAUCAAAGCAAAGCAAGACAGAGAGGAUUCUUUUGCGCAAGUAUUAUCAUCUUGUCGCUGUUCUCAUUUUCUCUCCUGCAGUUAUAUUUCAGCCUGCUUUCUUGGACUUGGCAUUUGGUGCAGCAUUUGCAGUUUUCUUGACAUUGGAGAUGAUACGAAUUUGGGAAAUAUACCCUCUUGGACAUGUUGUGCAUCAGUUUAUGAACGCCUUUACUGAUCAUCGUGAUUCUGAGAUUCUUAUUGUCAGCCAUUUUUCACUCUUACUGGGCUGUGCACUUCCCAAAUGGAUGUCAUCUGGAUUAAAUGAUCGACCACUUGCCCCUUUUGCUGGAAUUCUCAGCUUGGGGAUAGGUGAUACCAUGGCAUCGAUGAUAGGGUACAAGUAUGGUGUGUUAAGAUGGAGCAAGACAGGAAAGAAAACAAUCGAAGGCACGGCAGCAGGCAUAACUUCAGUGCUAGCAGCCUGCUCGAUCCUUGUGUCACUCUUAGCUUCCAGUGGGUACAUUCUUUCGCAGAAUUGGUUAUCACUUCUGAUAGCUGUCACAUUGAGCGGAUUAUUGGAGGCAUACACUGCACAGCUGGACAAUGCCUUCAUCCCCCUCGUGUUCUAUAGUCUUCUGUGUCUAUAGGAGUAGCAGCCUUCUGUACAUCAAACUGACCUUGAGGUCCUCUUUUGUUUACACUUUAGUAGUAUAUAUAUAGUGCAUCAACUGCCUGGUGAUUCAGUUCAACAGAUCACAUUCUAACCCUGCCUUCGGAAGUUGAGGGGACGUGCUCAUGGUUGAGACAGUCGGUAUAGGCAUAGGAACAGAAGUAGAAGAACAUAAAAUGUUCUCCGGUCGUACAGUAGAGGGCAGUUUUUGGCAGAGCUGGGCUGUUGGCUGUACAGUCUUAUCUGAACCUGUCCUUGGAAUUAACGAAUAUACAUACAUGCUGUGAUGCUGAUCAACUUUAUCACUUGGAGCUUGUUGUGUCUCAAAUAAAUCCUGUGGAUAUUUCA